AUGGAUGACGAAAAACUGAUCGAACUUGUGAGAAGCCAUCCUGUGUUGUACGAUUUGGGAGAGGCACGGUAUUUAGACUCGCGGCACAAAACGGUCAUUUGGAACAGAAUCGCUGCAGAAUUAGAAGCAGAAGCGAAUGAUUGCAAAUCAAGAUGGAGUAACAUCCGAGACCAAUAUCGGAAAUCAUUGAAAAAGGAAACUACGAGGAGUGGCCAAGCGGCCACUCAAAUCCGGCCAUACAAAUACAAACAUCUAUUGAGAUUUCUAAAGCCAACUUUCGAGGAACGGGCAACCAUGAGCAAUAUUGAGCCUGAGGAGCCUGUUGAUGACUCGUGGACUGAGCCAGCGGGCGAUAUAUCGUCACCAUUGUGGUCACCACAACGAAAUCCUUCACCGCUACAAAAUCCGUCACCGCCACGAUUUACGUCACCGCUGCGAAAUCGUAGUUCACCACGUAAGUCUACGCCAACAUCCAAAUACGCGCCAUCACCUCCACUGAAAAUACCUCCGUUACGACCUGCAAAACCACGAGCCCUAACACCACCACCACCGCAAGAGAAGCACCCGGACAAGAAACCGAUCGAAAACCACUCAAUUUCGUUUUCUUAUAAUGAUUUUUUUUUAAAUUUUAAAUUUAAUAUGAAUAAACCUUGA